CUUAAUGUUUCCAUUUUCUGUAACCUCCCAAGCGCAUGCCCCUGAGCUCCAUCACCCUUGACUUGGCUUUCUCCUCUUCCCAACAAGUCACCAUGGCUGAUGACGGUCUUGGCGCAAUCAACGUACUUUACGAGCCGGACCAUCAUGACUUCGACGUCGUGGCCAUCCACGGUCUGAACGGCGACUACCUGAAGUCAUGGACACACGCAGACUCGACACUCUGGCUCAGGGAUAUGUUGCCUGGAAAGCUUGCGGGCGCCCGGGUCAUGUCCUUUAGCUAUGACGCCUCCACCUCCGGCGGGGUUGUAUACGCCGUGCGCGAAAUCGCCAAGCAGCUUCUGUCGGAGCUCAGGGACGCACGUGAGGACGCCGGCUCGGAAGGGACUCCGAUUGUGUUUGUCUGCCACAGCUUGGGCGGUAUCGUCCUCAAACAGGCCUUGGCCCUCGCGGACGAUGGUAAGGCUUACUCGGACGUUGCCGAGUCCACCAAGGGCAUAGUCUUCUUCGGGACGCCCCACCGCGGUUCCAACGUGGCCAACUUCAUGGGCACCGUCUCCGACAUUGUCCAGGCCGUGACCGCGCGGCCCGAGUCGAAGCUCCUCCAUGCUCUCGAGAGCAACUCGACCGACCUGUAUAAGGUCUCAACGGACUUCCGUCCGUUGGCAUCCAGGUACGCCAUCACUAGCUUCUACGAGAGCAACGAGCACCCGGUGCUGCGGAAGAUGGUCGUCGGCAAGAUGUCUGCCGUCAUGGGCCUGCCGAACGAGGAGGACGUCAUGAUGAACGGGGAUCACUCGACCAUUUGCAAGUUUGGCAAGUGGGAUCGCAGGUUCAAUAGCGCCUGGAGGGCUAUCAAGAGAAUGGAAAAGGGCGUGCAGAGCUGAUCCGGGCGCAAGGGGGUGCGCAGGGGGGCGUAUAUCUUUUGUGCAAUGUAUAUGGUAUAUGACGUACAAACGGUGCAAGAUAGGUUCAUUGUAGGCUUAUCUAAAUCUCUGAAAAGAAA